AUGUUCGUGUCUACUACCGUCGCUCCCGCCCUUUUGGCGCUUGCGGCCCGCGCCUUGGCUCUGCCAUCCGCCGGACGUCGCGAUGUUCCGUCUACCAGUGUCUGGGAGUCCGUUGAGGCUGCUCCCUCUUCUUGGGCUCAGGACGAGAUCGCCGCUAGAUCCGAUGAGUCGAUUGAGCUUCACAUCCAGUUGGCUCAACAGAACAUGGUCGAGUUCGAGCAAUUGGCCUUGGCUAUUGCUACUCCCGGUAACGCCAAGUAUGGUCAGCACAUGACUCGUGAUGAGAUUGACGCCAUCAUUGCCCCCAAGGAGGAAUCCCGGCAACUCGUUUUCGAGUGGCUCGGCAACAACAGCCUCUCUGACACUGCCUCUUUGAACGAGCGUGGAAACAUUGUCACUGUCACCACUACCGUCAGCAAGGCCGAGCAGCUCCUCAACACCAAGUACAACAGCUACACCAAUGCCGAGACUGGUGAGAAGGCCACUCGCGCCCUCAGCGUCAGCCUGCCCGAGAUUCUGUUUGAGCACAUCAGCACCAUCCAGCCCACGACCUUCUUUGGUUUCAAGCCCAUCACCCCCAAGGUUCGCACUGACAUUGGACCUGAUGUCACCUACACCACCCCUACUUCCCUGUCGACCCUGUACAACUUCAAGGGCGCCACUGCCCUGACCCAGGGUAAGAUGGGUAUUGCUGGUUUCAUCAAGCAGUGGCCCAGCACUGCUGACCUCAAGACCUUCCUUGGAAAGUUCGCCAUUUCCGGCUUCGGCAACAGCGCUCUGAGCUACACUUGCACCAGCGUCAACAGCGGCCAGUGCCCCGCCAGCCCUUCUGGAGCCAACAUUGGUGUCGAGGCCAACCUUGACGUCCAGUACGCCCGUGCUAUUACCAGCAAGAUCCCCAACGAGUUCUACUCGGUCGGUGGAAACAACAACCAGAUCUACGAGUACCUCUCCGAGUAUCUUCUCGCUCUGAGCGCUGCCGAGCGCCCCAACGUCGUCUCCGUCUCCUACGGUGGUGAUGAGAGCUCCGUCACCAAGAGCGUCGCCUCAACCACCUGCAACCAGUUCAUGCAGCUCGGUGCCGCCGGUGUCUCUAUCCUGUUUGCCUCUGGUGACUCUGGUGUCGGCUCUGGCUGCACCAUCAGCGGCUCCAAGGCCUACCAGCCCGACUUCCCCGGUGGUUGCCCCUACGUGACCAUGGUCGGUGGUACCACUGGUUCGACCACCGAGCAGGCCUGGGUUGACGGUGGCGGUGGUUUCUCCAACUACUUCACCCGCCCAACCUGGCAGGAUACCCAGGUUUCCUCCUGGUUGUCCAAGAACAAGGACGGCAACACCCAGUACUACAACAGUGCCGGCCGUGCUUACCCCGACGUCGCUGCUGCUGCCACCUACUUCGAGAUUGUCGACGGCAGCAAGACUGAGGCUGUCGACGGUACCUCUUGCGCUGCUCCCACCUUUGCCAGUAUCAUUGAGCUCGUCAACAGCAACCGUCUGGCUGCUGGCAAGUCUGCUCUUGGUUUCCUGAACCCCUGGUUGUACGGCAACGCCUCAAGCGCCCUGACCGAUAUCACUGCUGGCUCCAUCGGUGGUUGUGCUGCCAUCUCUGGCGCUGGUUUCACCGCCAUUGCUGGCUGGGACCCCGCCACUGGUCUUGGUACACCCAACUACCAGAAGCUGCUCACCGUCUCCAACGCCACCUAA